ACAACACUUCUUUAUUCUCAAUCUGUGAAGGGCUCGCAGCACAUUUACGCCACAAGGGCUCUAUUCAGCUGAUCUGCAGAUAUCCAAUCAGCUGUGUCAACUUCGCCGUUUCUAUAUCCGAUCCUUAUAAAUCACGAACCCUCUGAGGACACAUAUUGCGCUGGAACACGUAUCCGAAUCAAAUUCCUCGCCGGGACUGUUAAAAAUAACCACGACGAACCCGAUCUAUACCCAACCACAACAAACAACACCCGGGAACCAGAAUAACACAGAACGUCAACAUGGCCAAGUCUGCAAGACGAGCAGGCAAAGGCAAAGGCGCUUUAACCCCCUCAAUCUCCUCCGGCGCCUCAACACCAAGCUCAGAGUCCGGUCCUCUCCCACCCUUCGCCCGUGCCCCCGAAUCUCUCUCCUCCUUCGUCGAACAGCUCUCCCCAAACCAAGUCUACCUAAUCCACAUCGACACCUCCCCGCAUGACCUGAAGAAACAAACCUUCUUCGUCCCUUCGGUAAUGAAUGCGCUCAUCGCCGUGAUUAUCGCCGUCAGAGCCUAUUUCGUCCGCUUCUUCUACCCAGCCUUACUAGCCACAAUCGUCGGAUUGUCCAGCUCCACGACAGUAGAUGCCUCGACAAUGACUUGGCCCGAGAUGAUGAAGACUAUCCUCUACCGCACCGCGAACGUCGUCUUCGAUUACUUUCUCGUCCUUAUAUUCCUCCCCUGGCCCAUCCGCUUCGUUCGGGGUCCCGUCAAGUGGCGCCGCUCCAUCGGUUUCCAGGGCCACGAGAUCAUCGUCCGCCGCAGCCAGAAUAUCUGGAGCAAGGACCUGGUGCGCAAUCGGUGGAUCCGGGAGGAUGAAGCCAGCCGCGACCGUAUCGUCGCCGCCGUUACACCAGAGCGCCUUGAGAAACCGGGGUACAUGCUCGUCGACGCAGACUGGGACCUAGACUACGACGCCAUGAUCCGCGCGCAGGAGCUCGUCGACCCGGCACGGAAGAACAAGGAUGAUAGAGUCCCGCUGGAGGAGUUCCGGACUGCGGUCCUCGUUAACACAGACACUGACGGCUGGUUGAUCUGGCGUGUUGGUGAUGAGAGCAGUACCACUCCGGAUGGUGAAGAAUAUUCGGAGCAGCGGGACCAAAUCCUCGCGUUCCGGGAGAAGCUGGCUGCCAUUGGCAAGGAGGAUUUGUUCUUCCGGUGGGUUGAGAUCAUUCAGUAUGAGAGUACGCUGCCUGGUGGGUUUACCACUGAACGGCAGCAGUCUGCUAUGGUGCAGGCGAAGCAACUAUUCGAAGAAGGGGGUGUCGAUUUCUCGAGUCUUUGGAGAGAAGUCGGUGGUAUUGAGGGGUUCCUUGACCAAAUUGAUUAAUCCGAGUUGUCGUGUUUUCAGUUGGUUUCCUUCAUUAAAGGCGUUGUUCAGCUAGUUAUAGAUCGGCGUGGCGUGUUUCUUAAUGGUCAAAUGACGGGAAUUGCAUAUACCAUGUUCUUUCGGUUCAGUUUAAUAUAUUCUG